AUGAGGAAUAACAACAACACCGAGUACGACGACGACGAAAACGAAAACGAGGAGGAAAACAAAGUCGAAGAAGACAAAGAAGAAGAAGAAGAUGCUGUGUUGUUUUCUCCCGAUGAUGAUGAUGAUUUUCAACCCGUGCCUUCCGCGGUGAACACUCCCAUGAAUGCGUUUCAGAGAAGAGAUCAAAGAUACGAAGAAGAAGAAGAAGAAGAAAACGAGGACCGAGAAUCGACGUCGCCGAUGGUUUUUGGACGCGGUCGUACUCAUGAGAGCGACGCGUCAAAUGGACAGGAUUUUUUAGCGCAGACGAAGAAGAAUCAAAAGGACGAUUCGGCGAAAGCGUCGCCGGAUGGUGCUCGAAGCGAAGAAGGAGAGGAGGACGUCGAAACCGCCAAAAGUGGUGGUGGUGAGAUGGAAGAUGAAAACGUGGAGAUGAAAUCCCCGCUGGCGUUUUUGUUUCAGAAAAACAAAAGGAGAAAAGAGAACAACAAGAACAACGGCACGCCGAAAGAGUACGACCGAGACUCGUAUCGCCACGGCGCCAUGUGGGCGUCGAUUGGUUCGCCCGCGUUUCCUCACAAGAAUCAAAGCCGAGUGAUGAAUGCGAAUAAUUUCAACAACGAUAACAAUAACGAGAAUAGCGACAUUACCACCGGUAUGGACGAUACCAACAAUACCAUGAACGACGCCGAGAAUAAAAUGAAUAACAAUAAUAAUAAACAAGUUGAGUUUGAAGACGCCACGGAAUCGUUCGGAGGUUCAGCCGGAAAAGCCACAGAUUUCGGCGUGGACGAGAAAAUAAACAAUCGCAAUCGUGCAAAGAUGCGCAUGUCUUUACCAGCUAACCUCGCGCAGUCUGUCGCGAGUCCGCUACCAAUAUCGAAGCGCGUUUUAGACCGCAUCGAGUGCCUCGGCCCAGAAUUAGCGCGAGUGCAAAAGAUCAUGCUUUUGACGGGCAUCUUCCUCGACUUUUGGGGGAAGUUUUCGUUGGUCAGAGAGUUGAGACGUUUUUCCGUGACUGCCUCGUGGUUAUGGUUCUCCCUCGUGUUGAUUUUCUUCCUCAUCUCGGGAUGUUUGACGACGUCCUACUGGCUCUUGCACUACCCGAUGCCGGAGAAACCGGCAAAAGAGGACAAAGAAGCGAAUGCGGUGGUGUUUGGGUACACAAAAUACGACUUUAAAGUGUUUGUUCGACGUUUUGGUGCUAUUUGCGCAGCCUGUCAGCUUGGGACUGCGUUUGCCGCGUGGAGAGCGUUGAGAAGCCACGACGUGCGUCAGCGCAAAGCGGAGAUGGAUUUGCGCGGCAUGCAACUCGUUGAUUGCAUUUUUCUCUCUUUACCCGUGGCUACGUUGCAAUGCUACAUUGGCAUGAUGUGUUCAUCUCCAUUUGCCACGUGUCCAGACAGAAAUGGUUUCGAUUACGUUUUAUUCUCCGCCGUAGCUGGUGGUUUGCUCAGCGGGACGCUAUGUUUCGUUUCCUUGGAUUUGCACGAAAAGCCGCCGGCGUAUUCUUGGCGCGAAUAUUGGGGCGUGCACAAAGCGCACUUAUCAGAGAUGCUCGCCAAGUUCAACUUUAGAUUCUUCGAGCUCACGGCGCGCGUGGUGACGAUUGGUCUGUUCGCAUCCGUGUGUGGUGCCUGGGUGUUUUUGGUUUUCUUCGUGCACAUCUUGUGCAUCAUCGGUUUGAUGCGCAUCAAACUCUCGGGCGUUCCGGACAGAAAGAAAAUCUGGAGCAAGUUUGUAGAGUUGAAAAGCGUCGAGUUACCGUUUCAAUCAGCAAAACGAAUCGCCAAAAAUGGUGGCAAAAAGAAGACGAUCCGAAUUCCAGUUUUAGACGACGUGAAAUUGCUCGUGUGUUGCUUGAUUUGGCCGCCGAGUUGUUUCGUUUCAAACUCAACCGAUAAGAAAGGCCGAUUCUGGUGGCGUUCGACGACUUGUCCGAGGAAGACAUUCUGGGGAUUAACUCGCGAAGACGCAUUGAUUCCGUUCGUUUUAAUCUUGAUGCUCUUCGCGCUCGAAAAUGGUACCAUGCUCGUUGUCGUUACGCACGUCGCGGUGGACCAUUGGUACAGAUACUUGGGCAUGGCGACGUUUAUUAACUUCAUCUGGCUCUCUUCGGCAGUCAUUUGGAUAUCGUCGGCGGCGUUGUGGAACCCGUUCACACCAAAAGGCCCACCGUUGGCUUAUCCAAGCGCGAACGUCGCGGCGCCGGAAAACUAUCGACUUUCCUCGAUAUCUUCUUUCAAGGAUAAAAAAUCUUCGAUGGGCGGUAGACGUUCGGGAGUGAAGCCUUUUGCUCGACGCUCGAGAGCGUGGGUCUCGCCGACCGCAUCGCCAGUAAUUGAAGUCGAUGAGACUGGGAACAGUAACAAUAACAACGCUUAUGGCGAGAAUAUUGACGAAAAGUUCAACGCUGCUGCGGCGGAAGCGACCACGACGUCUCCGAUUCACGAAUACGACAACAACACUCAUCGCAUCGACACUUUUCGCGACCAUGGUGUCGUAGAAACGAUGAAUGAACGCGCCGGCGAUGAAGAAAUGGCUAUUGUUCGUUCGCCAGACGUCAUUGUGGACAUCAAUAACACUGCGUACAAAGUUGAAGACUCGGCUGGGGAAGAAGAGGAUGAAGAUAUGGAAAGCUUCCAAACGAACGAACCGUCGGCGUUCGCGAACAUGAUUGAUCGAACGGGCGAACACGAAAUGCUCCGGCGUUCGCUACAAUGGCAGCGUGCGUCUGAGGAAAUGAAGAAAUCAGUCACGGACGUCAAGAUGAGAGCUGAAACGGAUUUAGCCGCGGCGCGAGCGGCGAUGAAUUUCUUAAAUAGAGAAAGUGUCGAGUCUGCCCAAGGCGAAUCGGACAAAAAUUACGCCGAGGAGGAGCAGGAAGAAGAUGAUGAUGACGACGAGGAAGAAGAAGAGUUAAACCGAACCAUGAGUAGCGACGCGUACAUCGAAUCGAUGCAAAAAGGUAGGAUGACGAACGAAGUGACCGGCGAUGCGUACGUGGAUGCAAUGCGCUCUCCGGGAGGAUCCAUUGCGAGCGACGGAAACUCGCCGCUUGGAAAAAUGAAUAGCAUGAAUAGUCCGAGAGAACAAGAGCAAGAACGCGGGGAAGAAGAACGAGAAGUUGCCGACCCGUGGGGUUUCGACGAAAAUAAGUUGAAGAUUGAAAACUCCGUCGAUGUUGACGAUGACGAUAUUGUGAACAACGAAUCGCCGACGACGUUUCCGAGCCGAAGAAACUCUGGUACGUUACAGACACCCAUGUUCUCUCCAGUUGCCCAACAACCGAAAUACGCGGACGAAGACGAAGAUGAGGAGACGAAGCAACCAAACGCAACGUUCUGCGAAAUACUUUAA